UUUCAAGAAGGCAAAAACAGAAGAAGAAGGGGAAUCCACUUCAAGUUCCAGGAAGUUUCUUCUAUUACAACAAAAGCAAGUGACUGACGAUCCAGGGUUUUCCCUAAUCUUUUUUAUAGAGAUGGAGAGUUGACUUGAGAGUUGCAUGUUAGAGGCUAGAGGUAUUGAACUUUAUAAAUAGAGGGGAGCUCUUUCAAUUCAGGGUUUCACUUUCGAGAUUUUAGAGUGUAGGGUUUUUUUUUUUUUCUUCUCUCUUUUAUGAAGGAGAGAGAGUUCAACUUAUGGAGAGGGCUUUUGUUCUCUGAGAGGGAAAGAUUUUAGGCUGUGAUUUUCUUGUUUUGGAGUUGAUUCUUUAGCAGAGAAAGGAAUUCAAAGAAGGAAGAGAUUAAGAGAAAAGAGGGUUUGAUUUCAAGAGAAUUUCAUCUAGGAGUAAGAGGAUGUGAGUGGUUAGAAUAGAAGGAGAGUUAUUCUUCCUAAGAGAUCUACAGUGACUCUCUCUGGAUUAUUGCUCUUACGGAUCAGAAAGGAAUCACCUACUUUUCUUUGUUCUUGGCCUUAUCUUUCCUCAAUCAACAAAUCUAGAAGAAGACAAAGGAGGAGUUAAAUUCAGAAGAAAGCAAGGAUAUACAUAAGAAGUCAAGUUCUGGACUGUGGAUAGAAACAAUGAAGAUAUUUAUCAAGUUUGUAGCAACUGGUGUAUUCUUUGGAAGUGAAGUAAACGAAACUGAUACAAUUUACAUGAUCAAGUCUGGAAUUGAAGUAAAGGAAGGAAUCACACCCAACCAUCAGAUGAUCAUUUUCAAUGGGAUAAUACUAGAGGAUCAGAAGACCAUUGCAUCUAGUGGUAUUGAAAAUUUUUCCACCGUUUAUGUGGCCUACAAAAUCAAGGAGAUUGCAAGCCUACCCGUGGGUAAUGAGACGAAUAAUGCGGAAUCAAAUCAAGGGGGGAAUGAAGUGCAGAUAUCUGUACAAGACUUUGUUGGAAAUUACAGUCUCAAGGUUAAUACAACAAACACAAUCCAGCUCCUCAAGGCAAUGGUUGAAAGCAAGACUCAAGUCUCAAGAAUAGAACAAAGAAUGUUUAUUUACAGCAAAGAUCAAGUAGUUCAACUUGAAGAUGGUAGCACCCUAGACAGUUAUGGUAUCAAGGAAAAUUCCCAACUGUGGAUGUUGACUCCAUACUUGAAGAUAUUAUCAGUGAAGAUGCCACAGGUUGGAAAUACUUUUCGCAUUGAUCUCUAUAGUUUUCUGACAAUCCAUGAUAUCAAGAAGAAGAUUAGGGAUGAUAUGGGGAUUCCUGAAAAUAGACAAACCCUAAUCUGGUCUGGAAUAUCUCUUGAUGAUGAUGAAACCCUAGAAGCUUAUAGCCUCCAACAUAAUUCUGUUCUUCAUGUGCUUCUUGGCUACAAGGAUGGAAGAAGUCAAGAGAUAAGUUUGUUUAUCCAUGAUAUGAGUAAUGCAGUUACUAGCACCUUUCAACUCAUGGUGCAAAGGUGGUAUAGUAUUCUGAACAUCAAGACCCUCAUUGAAAACAUGGUAGAGAUCCCAAUAGGCCAUCAAGAGCUAUACUUUCGAAAGGAAAAUUUAGUGGAUUGGAAAACCUUGGCCCAAUAUAAUAUUGGAAAUUACUCAGUUCUCUAUCUAUCUCUUUACAGUCGGCCAAUACAGAUCUUCAUCAAGAAACCUCAAGAGGGAGGGAAUCUCAAUGAAAAUAUUAUGCUUGAAGUGAAGAACACUAAUACCAUUGAUGAAAUAAUUGCGAAGAUUCCGAAAGAGUAUAUGAUCCGUCGAGGAAUUAUCGGUAUGCGAGAGUGUUUGAUCAGUAGAGGAAUUCUCUAUGAUCCAUUCUGUCUAUUCUGGGGUGUAACUCGAUUGAAGAAUGAGUUAACUCUAGCACAUUAUGGCAUUACAUCUGGGACAUUCCUUCAAUUGGAACGUAGUAUUCAACUUCAUGUUGGCAUUCCAAGUGGUGAAGUGAUCACAGUUGAUCUAAAACCUGUGGAGGAAAUAGUUGAAGUGAAGAAGAAGAUUGAAUAUUUCUGUAGAAUUCCAGUGCAGCUACAGACCCUCACCCACCUUGGAAAUGAAGUUGAUGAUUUCUGUACACUUGAAGAUUAUGAGUAUCAACUGGGGAGUCUUUGGAAGCUAAGGUGGCAGUUUUGUGGCAAUUAUUGGUCAUUUUUUUGGCCUACUUAUGCAGUUUAAGCUCCGAAAUAUUUAGGACUGGAUUGAGAACCCCAUUCAACAUUAGUUUGCUUUCUUUGGCAUCUUUUAUAACUUUUUAGUAAAACUAGUUCUCUUUUCCAGUAGUUCUUGCAUCCAAAAAGUGGUCAGUGGUAAUGACAGAUUUGCCUACUUAACUAGUGCCAUUCUCUCUUCUCUCUGUAACUUGUGUCAUGCAUAUCCUCUUUGUACCCUUUGAUGCAAUUUCAGAUUUGUUGAUUGAUGCUAUUUGAUUCUGUCCUAAUACAAAGAGGAGGCAAUUGUAACAUGUACUUCUAAUCUUAGGCUGUGUCUGAUAUGCAAUUGAAAAUUGAAAUUUGUUUGUCUGUUUU